CUCCAGAGACACUAGGACCCAGCGAGUUUCUUCUCUCCUCAUCAGGCUCCCUUAGUUCCAGAGCUCAGCAAGCGGUCUCAGAACAGAGUGCAAAGAGAGAGAGAGAGAGAAAGAGGGAGGGAGAGAAAAAAGCCAAGUGAAUGUUAAAGCCCACUGUGGUCACUGCUAAAAUACUGAAUCCGAGAGAAAUGGAGGGAUUAACCAGUCGGAUUUAAAAAUCUGGAGCUCAUGCGGAGGCAGCCAAUCAGGGGACGAUCUGGAUUAAAAGGAGGAUGCUGGGUGAUUAGAGGUGGAUCCUGAGGUACAAGAGAUGGUAUUAUCAUCGGAGCCUUGGUCUAAAUGGGUCCAGUUAUGCCUCCCAGUAAGAAGCCGGAAAGUUCUGGUGUCAGCGUCGCGAGCGGCCUGAGCCAGUUCUAUCAGGCGAGCUCCAUCACGCGCGCCCUGCAGGAGGCCGAGGAGAUGGACCUGGCUCUUCCCACCAUCAAAUUGGAGAAGGGCAGCAUGGAGGACGAGGAACUCACCAACCUCAACUGGCUCCACGAGAGCAAGAACCUGCUCAACAGCUUCGGCGACCCCGUGCUGAGGAGCGUCAGCCCCGUCCAGGACUUGGACGAUGACACCCCGCCCUCGCCGGCCCACUCGGACCUCCCUUACGAUGCCAAGCAGAACCCGAACUGCAAACCCCCUUAUUCGUUCAGCUGCCUCAUCUUCAUGGCUAUAGAAGAUGCCCCCUCCAAGAGACUGCCAGUUAAAGACAUAUACAACUGGAUCCUGGAACACUUCCCUUAUUUUGCUAACGCCCCCACGGGGUGGAAGAACUCGGUCAGGCACAAUCUGUCCCUCAAUAAGUGUUUUAAGAAAGUGGACAAGGACAGGAGUCAGAGUAUUGGGAAGGGCUCCCUGUGGUGCAUAGACCCAGAAUACAGACAGAAUCUCAUCCAGGCGCUGAAGAAGACGCCUUAUCAUCCUUAUUCCCAGGUGUUCACCACGCCUCCCACCUCUCCUCAGGCAUAUCAAAGUAUGUCCAGUCCUCCAAUUUGGCCAGGAAGUCCCUUUUACAGAAAAAACAAGGGAGUCCUGCUACAAGUCCCUCAGGGAGUGAUCCAGAAUGGAGCUCGAAUGAUGAGCCAGGGCCUCUUCCCAGGAAUCCGACCCCUUCCCAUCAACCCCAUUGUCAGCAGGACAGCCGCUGUCAGGUCAGUACUCGGAUACAGAUUAACCAGUGACGGCGAGCCCACCUGUAACUCUCCACUGUUCAGCAGUGACCCCAAGGAUGACCACACCUACAGUUUUGCCAAAUCUUCCAGCUCAGAUGUCGAAGAAGAGGCCCACUGCGACGGAAGCGAGGUGAGCUUCCACACCAACGAGGCCGGCAGCGAUGCCGAGGAGGACGACAAGAGCAAAAUCAAGAAGGAGCCCAAGGAGUGGUCCGUGGACGCCCUCGCUCUGGCCCAGCACAAGAAACGGCAACAUUUGACAAAAGUCAAACAGAGAGUGGCCAGUGACACUCUUCCUCUAAAAAAGAGGCGCACGGAGAAGCCUCCGGAAAGUGAUGACGAGGAGAUGAAGGAGGCGGCCGGAUCCCUGCUUCAUUUGGCGGGAGUCAGGGCCUGUUUGAACAAUAUCACCAACCGGACGGCAAAGGGGCAGAAAGAGCAAAAAUAAUAAACUGACUGUAUUAUAAAGAGAAAAAAAAAACAUCACUUUGAAUAGAAUUUACUAUUUUUUUCCAGGACAUCAGGUGAAUUCUACUGAUUUGUGGCAAUAUCAACAAUCACUUUGUUUUCCUAUCUUUAUAGGUAACAUUUUACUGAGGGUUCCUUGUUUUAGUUCACUUUUAGUUUGUUUUAUUGUGAUUUCUGUUUUUAAUCUACGGAGAUUGAAGCCAUAGCCUUCCCUUUUUUAAGAUAUUCAGCAAAGCAUUUAAUUUGACUGAUAGAAAAAAAGCGAUAGUAAAAUAUGCCCUGCCCCAUUGUCAUACAGUAGUGAAAAGGGAUAGCUCACCCCAAAAUGAAAAUUCUGUCAUAAUUUUACUCACCUUCAUUUCCUUUCAAAUCCAUAACACUUUGUUCGGCACGCAAAGGAUUUUUACACAAAUGAAAUUCAAAUCUGAAAGAGUUCUGUCCCUCCAUUGAAAAUCUAUUCAACCAAAACUCUGAUGCUUCAAAAUGUUCAUAAAGAAAUCAAAA